AUGUCAUGUAUAUUAUUUACUGGAUGGUUAGUUUCUUUCCUGGUCUUUAUUUCUUAUGUCAUAUGUUUCAGAAUAAAUAAUAAUUUAAAACCGUUUUCUUUUUUAAAACUUUACUCCAAAAUCAAUGAUUUAAAUAUAUUAAAUGAAACUAUUUAUGGCCUUAGUUCUGGUAUUCCAGAAGGUGGCUGUGGAGUUGCUGUGGUUAGAAUUUCUGGACCUGAUUCCAUACAUACACUAAAUCUACUCACUAAAAAAAGUGAUAAUGUACCAUAUAAACCUAGAUUUGUUAAACUGUGUAAAUUAUAUUCAUUGAUCAAUAAUAAUUUGAUUGAUGAACCCUUAACGUUAUACUUUAAAUCUCCAAAUUCAUAUACCGGUGAUGACGUCGUAGAGAUCCAUACACACGGCAACGAAGUUAUAAUCAAAGAAUUAUUCGACAACUUUCGACACAUCGCUAAUAAUUACAAUAUAAAACUCAGGCAAGCAGAAAGGGGUGAAUUCACUAGAAGAGCUUAUUACUCAAAUAAAUUAAACCUAAUACAAGUAGAGAGCAUUAAUGAGUUGAUAAGAUCGAAAAAUCACAUUCAGAAACAAAAUUCUAUUUUAAAAGUAAUAUGGACUAAUGAUCUGAUUGACAUAAUAUCAAAAGUGGAGGCUUCUAUAGAUUUUCAGGAGGAGAGUUGUAGUGACAUUAUUCUCAUGAACACGAGUUCAAUUUUAGAUCCUGUACAAAAUCUUACACAAGAAAUAUUCAAAUUCAUUAAUGACAAGAAGGAAACAAUAGUUGACGGUAUUAAGCUUCUAUUACUAGGUCCAACGAAUUCAGGGAAGAGUAGUUUUAUAAACAACUUGUUCAAUGAUGAUAUUAGUAUUGUGUCGAACAUUCCUGGAACAACUCGUGAUUUAAUUCGAGUUAAUUACAACUUGAAUGGCUUGAAUUAUCAAAUAAUAGAUUCAGCUGGAAUUAACAACCGUAUACUGGACGGGAUUACUAAUUGGUCAGAAUCUUCGGAUUGUGAUGCCAUUGAACUGAUUGGCAUCAAAAAAGCUCUCGAUCAAAUUGAAACUUCCAAUGUAAUUCUCUUUCUGUUUGAUCCAUUGAAUGUUAAUGACUCAUUAAGUUCAUUACAUUUACUUUUAAAUUUAUUAAAUAAAGCCAAGAUCCCCUCUUGCAAUGUCACUAAUUCCAUCAACACUAUUACUCCAUUUGGGUUUACUGACACUGACAAUGGUUUACCUGAUAAUACUCAACAAAAUUCAGGAUCUGAUUGCAAAAAACUCGUCUAUGUAUGUAUAAAUAAAAGUGAUUUGAUAGAGGAUGUUGGUUUUUACAAGAAAAUAAUCUUUGAUUUUUUAAAUACUGAGGUCAAAAACACUAAUGGGGAAUCGAAAAAACUUGAUUUUGAAGAUAACUUUAAGAUAUUACAAAACACUAAUUUGGACAGGAAUGUUGUGAAAAACGUAAUGAGUUUGAUAAAUGAAGAUAUUGUUAACCAUUUUAAUCUAAAUGCUAGCUCCAUUUUUAUCGAUAAUCAGCGUCACAAGUCCCAUUUGAAUAAGAUAAUAAAACACUUGAACACAAUCACAGGUUCGUUUUCAUUAAUUGAAAGAUUUUAA